GGUAAUUUUAAAUAUUUAAAAAUCCGCACAAAAUGGAGGAAGAUCAACCCAAAAAACCUCUGAGUAUUCUUCAAGAGAUUGAUGAUGAGUUAAACCGUAAUAGAAGUGAAAAUAGGUAUGAUUCAGAGUCUAAAGAGAGAACUGAGGAUAGCAGUCUUCCAUUCAAGCGUCCUCCGCGCAACCUGUAUAACACAAAUAACGUGCAUAAAGAAGGAGGGGAGAGAUAUGCUAAUAGGGAGAACCAUCGCUAUGCCACUGAGCCUUCUCGAGAUAUUCUAAACCAGACUGAAGAGAUUGAGAAUAUACAGACUUCUGAGAAUAUACCUUCUGUGUCUAAUUUUCGCACUGCAGAGCCAAUCAAAAACGAAAGCUUGACUGAGACCUCUGCUAAUAUCCUCGAUUCCUUAGCAGACCUAGAACGAGAGAUAGACCUUGAUGCUGAUAUUGUAACUGCCAAACUUCGGGAUAUCGUUAAUAGUGAUCUAGUCUCUAUUGAUAAGAUCAUGAGAAUUGUGAGCGACUCUUAAUAUUUCAAUCUUUUCUAACUCCAAA